GAGCCAGAACAGAACUACAAAAGAAGACCAGUUCGCGCCAUCCACUCUUAUGUGAUGCAUCCGAGCUCUGGGGAAUGGCGUUUUGGCCUGGUUUGAUUACUCUCGGACUGGAACCGCACUCGCAGGACGUCGCCGGCGAUGAUCCCUCAGUCACUGAUUCCCCUUCCAUAUGUCUCCGAUGCAACGCUUCUGGCAAUGUCAUGCCCAAACGGACAAGCCUAGGUUCACGAAGCAUACCCGAGGAUCCUCAAUCUAGGAAGCUGAUUGAGAUAGGCCGUAAAGAGGGUGGCAUAUAUGUUUUGGAUGAGCUGCGCGUUCGUGAUCAUGUGGCAGCAUCGAGAGUAGACCUCUCUUCAUUCCGCUUGGAUUCCUCAUCUUUUGCUUUUUACUUGUGGCAUUCUAGAGUUGGUCAUGUGUUAGCCUCUCAUUUAAAAUUUUUGGUAUCUAGCGGUGUUUUGGGUGACUUACAGAUACAUGAUAUUUUUUAUUAUAGUGGUUGCAAAUUGGCAAAGUUUUCUACAUUACCUUUUACUCACAACAUGUCCAAGUCUGUUGCACCUUUUGAUUUAAUUCACUUUGAUGUGUUGGGUGCUGCCCCUAUUGACACAAGAGGGGGGAUCUAGAUACUAUGUUUCUUUUAUUGAUGAUUAUUCUCGAUAUCGUUGGGUCUAUUUAAUGAAACGUCGAUCUGAUUUCAUCCAUAUCUAUACUACUUUCCGAUCAUUUGUUCGUACUCAACACUCUGCUGUAGUUAAGUGUUUUCGUUCCGAUUUCGGUAGGGAGUAUACUUCUAAGGCAUUUUCUGAGUUGCUCAUCUCUGAUGGCACUGUUCAUCAAUCUCCUUGUACUGAUACUCCUCAACAAAAUGGUGUUGCCAAAAGAAAACAUCGCAUAUUGUUGAAACAACUCGCUCUCUUCUCUUAUCUGCUAAGGUUCCUAGUGAAUGAAUUCUUGGGGGAAGCGGUUCUUACAGCAGUACAUUUGAUUAAUAGAAUUCCUACUUCCCACAAUUUUGGUCUUUCCUCUUGGGAAAAAUUAUAUGGGUCCCCCCCUGAUUACUCCUUUGUAAAAGUCUUUGGUUGCCUAUGUUUUUUCCUUUGUCCCACUUUUGAGCAUUCUAAAUUCUCGCCACGUUAUGCCAUGUGUGUCUUCCUUGGUUAUGAAGAGGGACAGAAGGGUUAUAGGUGUUUUGAUCCUGUUGCUAAAAAACUAUAUGUCUCUAGUAAUGUUGUCUUCCUCGAACACAUUCCUCUCUUUACCGUUUUUACUAGCUCUCCUUAUAUGGGGCAGCCAAACCUUAUUCGUAUUGAACCUUUCUUUGAUGAUGAAAAUGAUGGCGAUGGUGGUGGUGAUGACGAUGCAAAUGGUGGUGAUGAUGAUGCCCCUAUUUCGGUCCCCCAAGAAUCUCCUGUGGUUGUGGAUUCUCAUAAGUCUCGCUAUCCCAAGUGUGCUCAUAAGUCCACUCAGUUAUGAGACUGUGCUUAUUCUUGUUAUUCUGGUUCCUUCACUUCCUUUUUAGCAAUUAUUCACCCACUUUGUGAGCCUACCUUGUACAAGGAGGCUGCUUGUGAUGGCAACAGGCUAUGACUAAGAAAAUUUCUACAUUGCAUAAAACUCAUACUUGGGACUUGGUGUCACUCCCUCUUGGUAAGAAAUCAAUUGGUUCUCGUUGGGUUUACAAAAUCAAAACGAAGUCAGAUGGUUCUAUUGAGCGAUACAAAGCUCAUUUGGUUUCUAAGGAUUUUACCCAACAGUAUGGUAUGGAUUAUGAGGAGACUUUUGCCCUGGUUGCCAAAAUGACAAUUGUUCGUGCUCUUAUUGCUGUAGCUUCUGUUCGUCGGUAGGCUAUUUCUCAGUUGGAUGUUAAAAAUGCCUUCUUUAAUGGGGAUCUGAAGGAGGAAGUUUACAUGAUACCUCUCUCAUAACCCAGGCGAGGUUUGCAAACUCAAAAAGGCUUUAUAUGGUCUCAAACAAGCCCCUCGAGCUUGGUUUGAGAAGUUUUCGAUUGUUGUCACUUCUCUUGGCUUCUCUUCCAGUGCUCAUGAUUCAACUUUAUUUGUUAAGCCUACUUCUGCUAGCCGUAUCAUUCUUUCUUUGUAUGUUGAUGAUAUGAUUGUUACGGGUGAUGAUGUUGAUGGUAUUAUGGACUUGAAAAAAAUGUUGGCUCAGGAGUUUGACAUGAAGGAUUUGGGGCCACUUCGCUACUUCUUGGGAAUUGAAGCAGCCUACUCCCCCAAAGGUUACUUGCUCUCCCAAUCGAAGUAUGUUGCAGAUAUUCUUGACCAUGCUUAUCUCAUUGAUAAUCGGACUGUUGAUACUCCUCUUGAGGUUAAUGCCCGCUACACUCCCAUUGACGGCAUUCCCCUACCUGAUCCCACCUUGUAUCGUACUAUUGUUGGUAGUUUGGUCUAUCUGACUAUUACUCGCCCAGAUAUUGCUUAUGUUGUCCACUUCGCGAGUUAGUUUGUUGCUUCACCUACAUGUGUGCAUUGGUAAGCUAUUUUGCGCAUCUUGCU